GAGGUCAUCGAGACCAUCGGCACCGGCGCCUACGGUGUCGUCAGCUCCGCCCGACGCCGCGACACCGGUCAGCAGGUGGCCAUCAAGAAGAUCCCCAACGCCUUUGACGUGGUGACCAACGCCAAGCGGACCCUGCGGGAGCUGAAGAUCCUCAAGCACUUCAAGCACGACAACAUCAUCGGCAUCAAGGACAUCCUCAAGCCCACCGUCCCUUACGGCGAGUUCCGCUCCGUCUACGUGGUGCUGGACCUGAUGGAGAGCGACCUCCACCAGAUCAUCCACUCGGCGCAGCCGUUGACGCUGGAGCACGUCCGCUACUUCCUCUACCAGCUCCUGCGGGGCCUGAAGUACAUCCACUCGGCCAACGUCCUCCACCGCGACCUGAAGCCGAGCAACCUCUUGGUGAACGAGAACUGCGAGCUGAAGAUCGGGGACUUCGGCAUGGCCCGGGGGCUGGGGGCUGACCCGCGGCACGCCAAGGCCUUCCUCACCGAGUACGUGGCCACCCGCUGGUACCGGGCGCCAGAGCUGCUGCUCUCGCUCCACCGCUACACCCGCGCCAUUGACAUGUGGUCGGUUGGGUGCAUCUUCGCCGAGAUGUUGGGUCGCCGGCAGCUCUUCCCCGGCAGGAACUAUGUCCAUCAGCUGCAGCUCAUCAUGGCCGUGCUGGGAACGCCUCCGGCCACCGUCAUGGCUGCCAUCGGCGCCGAACGGGUGCGGGCGUACGUGCAGAGCCUGCCGCCGCGGCCGGCGGUGCCUUGGGAGAGCCUCUUCGGCGACGCCGAGCCGGCGGCGUUGGCGCUGUUGGGUCGGAUGCUGCGCUUUGACCCACGGGAGCGGGUGGGAGUGGCCGAGGCGCUGCGGCACCCAUUUUUGGCCAAGUACCACGACCCUGAGGACGAGCCCGAGUGCGUCCCCGCCUUCGAUUUUGCCUUCGACCGCCAGGCGCUCACCAAGGAGGAGAUCAAGGCGGCCAUCGUGGCCGAGAUCGCCGACUUCCAUGCCCGCCGUGACGGUAUCCGGCGGCAAAUUGCCUUCGCCCCGGCCGGCGGCACCGAAAGCACAGCCGGCGGAGCCGGUGUCGGUGUCAACUCGGCCAAUGGUGCCAUGGCCAACGUUAACGUCCCCAUGGGCGACAUCAACGCGGCCAACGUUGGCGUCAACACAACUAACGUCAACGUCGCCAACGUCAGCAUGGCCAACGCCAAUGUCAAUAUGGCCAACGCCAAUGUCAAUAUGGCCAACGUCAACGUGGUCAACUCCAGUGUCAACAUGGCCAACAUCAACAUGGGCAACGUCAGCAUGGCCAAUGCCAGCGUCACCGUGGCCAACGCCAGUGUCAACGUGGCCAAUGCUGCCAUGGCCAACGUCAACGUGGCCAACGUCAGCAUGGCCAACGCUGCCAUGGCCAACAUCAGUGCCACCAUGAACAGCAAUGUCAAUGUGGCCAACGCCGCCAUGGGCAACGUCAACGCCACCAUGGCCAACGUCAACGCAGCCAAUGUCAACGUGUCCAAUGCCACAGUGACCAGUGUUGGCCCCGCCUGGCCCUGCGCUGACGUGGACAUGCCGAGCCCUGGCCCCGCCCCUGCCCCCGACUGCCCAAUGGACUCUCCCCGGGUGAAGGCGGAGCCAGGGGCCCCCGUGGCACCCAAGCGGGACGGUGCCAUCUCCGACGACACCAAGGCCGCCCUCAAGGCUGCUCUGCUCAAGUCGGCCAUGAGGAACAAGAGCAAAGAGCCGCCGUGCGCGGCCCCGGAGGUGCCGGAGGGCCGGAAGCCGGUGACGGCAGCGGAACGGCAGCGGGAGCGGGAGGAGAAGCGCCGGCGGCGGCAGGAGCGGGCGAAGGAGCGGGAGAAGAAGCAACGGGAGUGUCCCCCGGUGGAGGACCUGCUGCCCCCCGUCUUUUCGGUGACCCCCAAGGGAAGCGGGGCCGGCUACGGGGUGGGCUUCGACCUGGAGGAGUUCCUCAGCCAAUCGCUGGACAUGGUGGGGGACACCAAGGACAGCCAAGGCGAUUCGGCGCCGCUCUCGGCAUCGCUGCUCGCCGAUUGGCUGGAGGUCCAUCGCCUGAGCCCCGCCGCCCUCGAGAGCCUCCAGCGCGACCUCCAGCUCGGCUCCCCCAUGCUGCUCGCCGACGACCUCCCGGACCCCUAA